CAGGCCUGUGCCCCAGCAGUGGGGACAUAAAUAGGCUGUUGAUGAAAUGAAACUUAUUAUAAGGGUGCUGAAUCAACAAUCAUUUAAAAAACAUGAAAUCGCGGUUUUAUAUACCCCCUUCUCUAGCAACACUUUUUUUAUUUUAGUAACCCUGAGCUGUUACCAUAGCAAUUUUUAUGAAAAUAUUAGCACAUAAUUAUUAGUAGCGUUUUUGAUUAUGAUUUGUUUAAUGAAUUAAUCAAAACAAAAGACUAACUAGAAAAUGCAAGUGUCAACAGUUCAGCCCGUUUUUAAACUGGAGCUAAAUCACAAAGUGACGCCGGGUAUUGUCACAAUUGCUAAGUUUGAUGGAACUCAUCCAUGCCUCACUGCCUCUGCUGGAUAUGACAAAAUCAUCAUUCAUCAUCCCCAUAUCGGAGUAGUGAGUGGACGAGCUCAGCGGUCGGAAGCGCAUGGGGAAGUCUCAGAGCUAAGCCUCAGUCAAGCCGUCAUCGCCCUCGCUGCCGGCCCCCUCAGACCUGACUGCAACCGAGACAUGUUGCUUAUAGGCUCACCCUCGCAAAUAUUAGCUUACGACGUCCACGAUAACACCGAUCUCUUCUUCAAAGACGCUCCAGAUGGAGUAAACGUCAUAACUGUAGGCACUUUCGGGAAGCACAGUGAACCGCUGGCUUUCGUGGGCGGUAACAGCUCUGUCCAGGGACUUAGCUGGCAAGGAACUGAGUUGUUCUGGAAUGUUGUCAGUGGAAAAGUAUGCGCUAUGAUUACAUUUGAUUUUGAUAAGGAUGGUGAGAAUGAGCUCCUCGUCGGAUCUGACGAUUCUUACAUAAGAGUGCUGAAGAAUAAUCAAUACAUACUGGAAAUUGCGGAAACUGGACCGAUUGUGUGCUUGUCACCAGUUACGGAAGUUAGAUUCUCUUAUGGACUUGCCAAUGGCACUAUUGGAAUUUACGAAGAAGGAAUUCGGCUAUGGAGAGUCAAGUCGAAACAAAAUGCGCUUGCGCUCCAAUGGUCCGGUGAAACCCUAGUUUGCUGCUGGUGUAAUGGCCGAGUGGAUUGGCGUGAUGGUACUACGGGAAGAGUCCUCCGACGUGUACAAAUGCGAACAGGAGCGGCUGCCAUGUUGCUGGCAGACUAUAGAUCUAUGGGAGUACCUGAUAUAGUAUGCGUUUCAGAUAAAGGCGAAGUUCUGGGUUAUGCUCCUUACCAAGAAAACAAUGGCUUCAACGCGGCAUCGAAAAAGUUACCAUCGGAAGAAGAUAGACUUGCUAUCACAGAGUUGUUUAACAAAAAACAAGCGCUCAUGAUAGAGCUGCAACAUUAUGAAGCAAAUGCAGCAAGUGGUAGCGUUAGCCUUGACGCUCUGGAGCGUCCAGCAACGGCAAUGCCGACCAAUACAAGACUCCAAGUGGCUGUAAAUGCUUCAAUUCAAAAUCGUUGCUUAGAUCUCACAAUAUCCACAAAUAACGAAACCAUAGUUCGUACAGCAUUAGUCCUGGCAGAAGGAAUAUUUGAAACAGGUGAAACAUUAGCCAGACAUCCAGCUCCUUCGCAACUCCGUUCUAUUCUUCAAAUACCAUUGAAGCCACCAAGAGAUGUACCAGUAGAUGUUCACAUUAAAGCUCUUGUUGGUUAUCCUGACAGUGAACAAUUCCACAUAUUUGAAUUGACAAAACAGUUACCAAGAUUUUCGAUGUAUACUACUGCUCCUCAGAAUGCAAGAGUGUCAAAAGAUAGCUAUGUGACCUUCCGCAUAACAGAGAGGGUACAGAGAAUUUGUAUAUGGAUAAACCAGAAUUUUCUCCUAGACCAAGAGUUAGAACUUGCAUCAGAGGAGACCAAGGACCUUCAGAUAACUCUUUACUGUUUAAGAGACCAAUCUUUAUUGCAUAUGAACUUUGGGGCAGAUGGACAAGUGAAAUUCUACACAUCUGAUAUCAGAUUGGCCGGGGACCUCAUACAGAGUCUGGCUGUUUAUUUGAAUCUUACAGAUUUACAGGUAACUUUCAUUUCAUACAACUUGUCUAUUAUUUUUUGUAAUAACCUAGCCAUGAGAUUAAUAAAAAAAGUAACACCUCCACUUAAUAUGAUGUGCAGUUAAAGUUGGCAUGUAGUGUAUAACUGAAAAGAAAAUUGCAUAUUUAUCAAUACUUUGCCGAACAAGUAUCUUAGUGAAUCACUAAGUAGCUCGAUGAUUAUCACUUCCAUCUUUUAAAAGCAAUUAGCGAAUAGGCCUACUGGUUUAAUAUAGAACCCUAAAAACAAACAGUUAACAAUUACAGUAUUUAAUUUAAGAUUAUAUUAUUUCAUUUAUGGGGGGCAGGUAAUAUAAUAAUAAAAAUUAUUGCAACCAAUUGUUUUUAAAGUUGUAAAGUGAUACUUCAAACAGCUCUGGGAUAAAUAAAAAUAGAAAAAGGAUGUUCUUAGAAUAUUGUAAUUGAAAUUGCUUAACUUAUAAAUUACAGAUUACGCAGAUCAUAAACUUCUCAUUGACCAUAUAGUUCUACAAAGCCAACACAUUUCACAGGAUUAAAGAAAAACAUAUUGUUGUGUGGUGGUUCCCUUUGGCUCACAGCCUUUACAACCUCUUGGCCAAUGACACCUCCGACAACUGCAGCUGCACCAGCAACAACACCAUAUACAUCAGUAAGAAGUUCAUCACUGAUGAAUCCAGAAGGCAGUGACAAUUCCUUCACAAGCUCAUCUCGCAUACGGAAUAAUGUUUCAGUAUCUGAUUUUCUCUUAGCUGGGUCAGGGUUUCUGUUUUGCUCAUCUCUAAAUCUAAGCAGAAUUUUAAGGACGAAGUAAGAAGGGUCUCCGCGUCGUAGUCUCGAACGUAACUCUGGUUUCCUCCAGUCAGCAGAAAGUGCAUUUUGAAGCGGCACAUAAAUAGCGCGUCGCUUCACUGUGAUACUAACGGUUUCUCGUGCAUUUUUUUCGUUGUCGUCUGGGCCACGUUUCACGGCUUUGUGUUGCACAAUCUCUUCGGAAUACUCAUGGUCGACGAGGUCAGCGAACAUAUAGCCAAACAUUCCCCAAACAUCGCCACAUAGGAAUUUCUUGUUAUUGUCACGGCAUACGUUGUUGAUACGCUCCAAUUGCUCCUGCUUUAAUCCGGUAGCACAAACUAUGUCAAAAGUAGUAAAAUAUUCAUCGGGUAAGUUGUCGACAGCUCGAGUCUCUGAAGAUACUUCUACCAUGGGGUUUAAUGCCCGCGCUCUUUGCAAUGAAGCUUCAGCUCUGUUUUCCCCGAUCUUAUCUGGAGGUGCCAAGAAUUGAGAGUACAAAUCAAUUUCUUUAAGCUUCUCAUUAUCAAGUAAACACACGCUCUUGACGCCUGAUAAAAUUAUAUUUUUCGCGGUUUCAGCACCUAAGCCGGAUAAACCAAUGAUCAGCACUUUGGAGGCACGUAAUCUUUUCUGUGAUUCCAAUCCCCACAAACGAAUCUGGCGAUCAUAUUGUUCUGCUUCCGCUUCUGAAAGUUCAACGUCGGUAUUUUCAACCAUUUUUAAUGAAUAAUCCAAAAAAAUAUUUUAUCAAAUCUUUGACAGCUUGACAACACACGCCGCCCGGUAACCAGUCA